GGCCCAGCUCCGGCGGCCUUAGUGGCACUUCGAAGGAGUGGCGUGGCGAGGCCCUGCCUUCCUGGGUGCGGCGUGUGGGCCCUUCCCAGUUUCCCCUCCCUACGGCUCUCGGUGGUGGCGACCCAUUGGAGUUCCGUUUCCGGUUGCUGUGGCCGCGGGCGGGCGGUGAGUCUGGAGCAGGCGUGUAGUUUGUGCUCUGGCUCUGCGCCUCCCCCUCGGCGUGUCUAGGGCUUGCUGCAGCUCGGGGGUGCUGCGCUGCCCCUGGCUCCCCUCCGGGCGAUGGUGCGGCCUGAGGACGCUUCCAUCCCCCGCCGACGCUGACUCGGGUCCCCCAAUCCAUGGCCGCCUCGGCGCCGCCCCCACCGGACAAGCUGGAGGGAGGCAGCGGCCCCGCACCGCCCCCCGCGCCGCCCAGCACCGGGAGGAAGCAGGGCAAGGCCGGUCUGCAAAUGAAGAGCCCUGAAAAGAAACGAAGAAAGUCCAACACUCAGGGUCCUGCAUACUCACAUCUGACGGAGUUCGCGCCACCCCCAACUCCCAUGGUGGAUCAUCUGGUUGCUUCUAAUCCUUUUGAGGAUGACUUCGGAGCCCCUAAGGUGGGGGGUGGUGCAGGCCCUCCAUUCCUUGGCAGUCCUGUGCCCUUUGGAGGCUUUCGUGUACAGGGGGGCAUGGCAGGCCAGGUACCCCCAGGCUAUGGCACUGGAGGAGGAGGGGGUCCCCAGCCACUUCGUCGACAGCCCCCUCCUUUCCCUCCUAACCCUAUGGGCCCGGCUUUUAAUAUGCCUCCUCAGGGCCCUGGCUAUCCACCACCAGGCAACAUGAACUUUCCCAGUCAACCCUUCAACCAGUCUCUGGGGCAAAACUUCAGCCCACCUGGUGGGCAGAUGAUGCCAGGCCCAGUGGGGGGAUUUGGUCCCAUGAUCUCGCCCACCAUGGGACAGCCUCCUAGAGGGGAUCUGGGUCCUCACCCUCUCCCCCAACGCUUCGCCCAGCCAGGAGCACCUUUUGGUCCUUCUCUUCAGAGACCUGGUCAGGGACUCCCCAGCCUGCCUCCCAACACAAGUCCCUUCCCUGGUCCAGACCCUGGUUUUCCUGGCCCAAGUGGUGAGGACGGGGGAAAGCCCUUGAAUCCACCUGCCCCUACUGCUUUUCCCCAGGAGCCCCAUUCAGGCUCCCCGGCUGCAGCUGUUAACGGGAACCAGCCUAGCUUCCCGCCCAGCAGCAGCGGUCUAGGUGGUGGCACUCCAGAUGCCAACAGCCUAGCACCCCCUGGCAAGGCAGGUGGAGGCUCAGGGCCCCAGCCUCCCCCGGGCCUGGUGUACCCAUGUGGUGCCUGUCGCAGUGAGGUGAACGACGACCAGGAUGCCAUUUUGUGCGAGGCCUCCUGCCAGAAGUGGCUUCACCGCGAGUGCACUGGCAUGACGGAGAGCGCCUACGGGCUGCUAACCACCGAGGCCUCUGCUGUCUGGGCCUGUGAUCUCUGCCUCAAGACCAAGGAGAUCCAGUCUGUCUACAUCCGAGAGGGCAUGGGGCAGUUGGUGGCUGCUAACGAUGGGUGACCCCAGUGCAAUGGCCUGGGGAAAUGCACAUUGCUCACCAUGCUCUUGCAGAGGAAUUAUGUGGCUUCCCAUCCCCAUGAAGCAGAAACAUACAGUUCCUGAAGCAGAGGAAGAACUGGAGCGGGCAGGCAGAGGAGCCUAGAGUGCUUGCUUUUCUGGGAACUGCUGCAUUGAGACCUUCAUAGAUCCAGGGAACUAAAGCCCUGCCCAAGCAGAGCCCUUCUAGAGUCCAGCUGGAGGCUACAAGAGAGGAAAGGGGCUGGAGGAAGUUCCGGAUGACAAGGAUGUCCUGCGUGCAGAUGACCGAUGACUCUAACACCCGUGCCUAUGAUACCUAUGUAACCCCACAGCUCCAGCUGUAGCCUUUGGAGUCACGUGUUCAAGGUUUCAUUUCUGGUCCCUCGUAUGGGUUCUAGAAACAACUGAGGAUUUCUCUCUCUCUCUGUCUUUCCCUUUGCUUCCCCUGGGCCCAUCCUACCUCCUUUCCACAGAGUGUCAGACACCUUGAAGAAGCAGAGUUCUGACUCGGGCAUUGCUUGUCUGGGGGGUGGUCAAGACUGUAGAUAAAAGAUGCUGAGCCGGUCUCUUCCUCACCAAAGUCACUGCUCCUUUCUCAGCUUCUCUGCUUGUCUCUCAGUGACCAUGUUGUAGAAGUUGGGAUAUGUGGUCUGAGUGACCCCAGAGUGUUGGAAGUCUGGACUGGAGACGUACCCCCUUCCUCCCUGCCUAUCUGCUGCACAGUAUGAUAGUGUUGUUCUUCAGCUCCUGUGCCCUCGUUUCCUUUGUCUCAGGGGAAAGUUUGGAAGGGCAUGAAGCCCUUAUACCUCAUUCCUUCCCUGAGGAAACGAUCCAACUGAGGCCCUGCCGUGGCUUUGGGGGUUGGGGCGGGCAGUAGGAUCCUCAGCCGUGAUACUGAAAGCUAAAAGGACCUGAACUUUUCCGCUUUGCUCUUUUUUUUUAUCCUGCAAUAUCAUCUGGGCCUGGUGAUCCAGCAGCUAGGCUUGGUUUCUUUUUAUUUUUGUAGGAUUCCCCGCCAGUGAUGGACCUGGGGCCUGAUCAGGAGCCCCCUUAGCUUCUCUUACCCCUUUCCAGUUAGCCCAUGUGCCCAUUCCUCAUAUGGGUGAGGCCAACAAGCUAGGCUGUGGCCCUUUUGGGAGACAGCUCAGUGUCCAGCUCUCAGCAUGGUAACAAAGACCAUCUAAUGUCCUGCCCCACUUCUCAUGUUGCCUGCACAUGGAGAGAAAGAGAAGACACUGUUGGAGUUGACAGCCUUUGAAGAAGAAGAAGGGGGACCUGCUUUUUACUCUGUGGCCCCCACUCCUAACUUCACAUGUGUUGUGGUUCUCUUUGCCCCAUUACCUGUUGCUACUUUUGUGUUGUCUCCAUGGUUUGUAAAGAGCUCCUGGGGAGGGAGGGUCCAUCCCCCUGCUCCUCUGCUACUUUUUGGAAGAAAGGGGGUUGGCAGAUGUGGUUACAAAUCUUUUUUAUAUGGUUGGACUAAUAAAAUGACUUGAAAAUGCA